AUGGCAUUAAUAAAAAAAGGUGAGGACGAUCAGUCUGAUUUCAGUGAAGAGGGUGGCUUAAGUGUCGAUGAGAACCAAGGUGGUAGAACUUCCAGUUCUACUUUGUUUGGUUUUGUAAACCAAAUACCUAAACCCCCCAUCAAAAGAAAUGCAUUUGUAGGGACUAGCUAUUUACCAAUCCACUCUUUUUAUAAAAUAGGAGAGAGAGUAGGUGAAGGCACUUGGGGAGCAGUUUAUACUGCUGAAGAAAGAUGUUCUAGUAUUAUGCGUGCAGCAAAGAAAAUUCCAAAACAAUGUACUGGAGAGUUAUUUCGAUUUAGACAGGAGAUGCAACUUUUAAGUACUCUAGACCACCCUAAUAUAGCAAGGUUAUAUGAAUCAUUUGAAGACUACAAUUCUAUAUACCUCAUUAUGGAGCUAUGUAAAGGCGGAGAGUUAUUUAAUAGACUAACUCAAGUUAAUAUUUUCCCUGAAAGAGUCGCUGCUCACUUAUUAAAACAAAUACUUUCUGCAGUGUCUUAUUGUAACUCCAAAGGUAUAGUUCAUAGAGACUUAAAGCCUGAGAACUUUUUGUUUGUAAAGCAUCCAUCUCAGAUAUCAUGCCAUAAGUGUAAUAAUAAAUCUAAUGAGAAUCUAUUUUGUAUACCGAAUUCAGUUCUGGCUAGAAAUACUCUAAGUGAUAGUAUAAAAAGUGUACCAGAGAAUUCAUCAGUUUGUAGCAAAGUCAGUAUGGCUGCUUUAGCUUGUCCAGGAUCUGGCACAUAUCUUGGUCUAACUCCCUCAUCAUCCUUGAAUGGAUCAGCUGAAAUAACAAGUUUGGACUUAAAUUUAAAUGAAUGUCGGAAUCAGAUUCCAUGUCAUUGCUUUGAUAUACAAAACCCUUUAAAAUUAAUUGACUUUGGUUUGGCUAAGAGAAUAACAAGAACUGGUAAACUCCGUACUUGUGUUGGUACUCUGUACUAUAUUGCCCCAGAAAUUCUACUAGGUAAAGGAUAUGACGAGAAAUGCGAUAUUUGGUCAGUAGGAGUAAUGGCUCAUAUUUUAUUAUGCGGAGUUCCUCCAUUUAUUGGAAAUACAGAUGCAGAAAUCAUUGAGAGAGUAAGGAAAGGUAGUAUUGGAUUUAAUGAAUUUAUUUGGAGUGAAAUUUCACCUUUAGCAAAAGAGUUUAUAUUAUUAUUACUAAAUAAGAACCCUUUAGAACGUAUAUCAGCUUUUCAAGCUUUACAGCAUCCAUGGUUAAGGAUAUGGGAUCCCCCUAGUAUUCCUACAUGUGCUAUAGGCAUGCUCAACAAGGUAGUAGUAUGGCCAUGGCAUCAACAAAGAGUUCGUCUAUAUAAAAUGAGAGCAUCAAACAGCAUCAGCGAUUUACGAAUUAAAUCUAGUAUAUCUUCACCAAGUUUUUCUUCCAAUAGUCUAAAGACUAUAGAAAUGGAAGAUGAGACACUUCUUUUAUCUGCAAAUAGAGAAUCCAAGUAUAUCAAUACGGAUAAUAAUUCAAUUUUAUUGAAAAAUAGAUCGGAUACUGACUUAUCUUCUAAUUUGACACUAAAUAAUAUACAAAGAGGAUCAUCACAUCGUUCUUCUCUAUUGAGAAGAUCUUGCAGUACUCCUCUACUAUAUGGUAUGAACAAUGCUUAUCCCAAUAUCUUAUCUAUAGACAAUUUUAAUAUUUCAUUAGGAAAAUUUAAAUCUCCAGUUACCCGUAAAAUGUCAUUUACUAAUUUAGAAUUGGACCGUCAACCUACUCCUAGGACAAAGGCUACAAUUAAUGCUAUGUUAAAUCGUGAAUAUGCUAUGUUAUCACCCCCUUGUGAUCCUAGAUUCCACUUUGGCUGUCACUGUGGUAACACUAGUAUUAUCGCAAAAGUAGGACAACAAAGAUCAACAAGUUUAUCACUAUUUAGCCCUUCCCUUAAAAAUUUUAGAAGAUCUUAUUCAUGCUCUUUGGAUGAUCGAUUUAAUAUGUUACAUAUUGUUACAAAAAAUAGAAUAUCUACGGAAUCAACACAUAUGGAUAUUGUAACUGCUAGUUCUGAUGAACCGAAUUUCUUAAGCAAUCCUAUUCCAAGCUUUACCUCUAGUAAAUAUAAUGAGGGAAAAUAUAUAUACACAAAUGCUGAUUCAAACCAACAGAUGAUGCAAUACUAUUGUAGAACAGCAUUAAAUUCUCCAUCUAACAAUAUUUCUGGAUCAAGAAAUAACUUUGUAAAAUUACCAAUGGUCAAAUCUAAUGUUUGUGAUGCGGAGGAACUCUAUAAAUUGGUUUUUUCUAAAAAUUCUACGCUAAUCUAUGAGUCUCUUCUAGGACUUCUAGGUAAAUGGGAACAAUUUUGUUCUUAUUCCUUACUAAAACGUGUUAUACUUGUAUCUAUAGCUCUUAGAUUAGGUGAAUCUGAUGACUAUAUUCCUCUAAGAGAACAAUUUUCCAAUCUAGAUGUAGCUGCAGAUGGAGUAUUAUCUCUUGCUGAAUUACAAUGUGUCUUGUGCUUUAUAUGGCAUAUCAGAUUUAUUUCUAGAUAUAUUAACUUUGGAGAUCGAACCAUACAUGGAUUAUUACCUAGUAUGCAAAGUUCUUUUAGUGGGAACAAGGUAAAAUCAGGAAAUAUGGGAAAUUUUAGCUUUAAAGAAUUAAACUCAAAUUUACUAAUUAAUUCUAUAAAUUCCCUAAUACCUCAUUCUAAUGUCUAUAUUGAUGCUAGUGAUAUUGAAGAAUACGAGUUAAAUUCUGAAGAAGAACAGCAUGAUAAAGAUUUAAAUUGCAGACUAAAAGGCUUUGAAGAAAUACCACAAAAUUCUAUGGUAUUUGAUACUAAACACCCAAGCAAUAAUGAAAAACUUUUUUCUAAAAUGGACAUUAUUUGUGAAUUUGAUAUCAAUGAAAUUAUUGAAUUAAAUGAAUUAUGUAAUAGAAUUGAGGGAGUUUUUGGAAUUAUUGACCAAGAUCAAAGUGGAGCUUGGGAGUUCUCUGAAUUUAUGGCUGCAUCUAUGCCUCCAGAGAUCUACCUCAACAAUAUAAAUAUUGUUAAGGCCGUUUUCCGAAAUUUUGAUAAGGACUCUGAUGGAAAAGUAUCUGUUCAAGAUAUUCUCGCCUCUUUUGGUUGGGAAGAUGAUAUUAUAAUAUGUUCUGAAACUGUAUCUAAUCAACAGUAUGAACAGUACCUAAGACUUGGAAGUAACCAACCUUAUCAUAGAGAUGACGGAACUGAUGAUAAAGUGCAAUAUUGUGCUCAUAUUCAUUGGACUGAAAUUUUUCUUACAGAGUGUUGUAGAAAUGGUAAACAAUAUCUAGAUUUUAAUGAUUUCUUCGAGUUUCUUAUUAACUAG